CGUAAAUAAUAUAAGGAUAUGAAACACUAUGUUAUCCCUCGGUGUGUCUGUACAUCACAAUGAUGUCAUUAUAACAAAAUAUAGGUUCAAAAAUGCUAACCAUGUUAAACUAUAGUCAACCGCUCCCACGCGCAGCCUUGGACAUGUUCGAUGCUCAUUAUUUACUACUAUUAGUAGCUUAGUGACCAGCGAGACUGGCUGGCCACUCACAACAAAACCACAGUGCAGCGUUGAGAAAAAAUCAAUCAGGAUCUUCCCGCCUCCCGUCGGUUUCCAAGGCAACGGGUAAACAGCGGCGAGACGUUGCAUCGCUCGGUCACAGAAAGACGUGUCGUGUUUCGAUAAUUUUGUUUUGCAUGUGAUUGUGUCUUGUUUUGAUGGAUAUUUGUGAAUUUUAUAUACAAUGGGUGACGAGGCUGCUGUGCCUGGUACGGCGCCUGAGAAAGUGAUACACACGUAUCCUCUGAUAAGGCAUUCAGACAUGUCAGAAGAGAUGCGCGUCGAAGCUGUUGAGUUAACAGUCACAGCUUGUGAAAAACACUCCCAAAAUAACGAGCUGGCUGCUCGCAUGGUCAAGGAAGCUAUGGACAAGAAAUUCGGCCCGUCUUUCCAUGUGGUUGUGGGCGAAAGUUACGGCUUCGAGGUCACCUACGAAUGCACCAACAUGUGCUACAUGUACUUUGGAGGAAACCAAGCCAUCUGCAUAUGGAAAUGCUCUUGAAAAUCUCAUUAGUUUUAAUUAGACUUACCAAAUGAUAUACCGAAGAAGUACUUAUUUUAGUUUCAUUACUUUACGGAUAUGAAAUAGUUUGUUUCAAGUUACAAACAAAUUAAGGAACAUGGGAAUGGUUUCGAUCUAUUUAGAUUGUUAUAGUUUAUAAUAAAUGUAGGGACUUGCCUAGAUGUUAUGCCAAUGUGUCUUUGAACUUAGUCGAUAGUCUGCAAAACUCUUAUUGUAACUGGUUAUUAGAUACCUACUCUAUACUUAUAAUAAUCUUUGAAAUCAUGGUACCUACACACCGUAAAUACUGUUUGUAUUUCAUGUUUUGUGUUCUGGUUUUUGCUAUACCUGCAUAAAUUAUGUGCUUGUCUAACAUUUCUUCUUAUAGUUAGAACGUUUAAAUCCAGUUACAGAAAGUUAAACUGGUAUUUAAAUGUAAUAAAACAAUGGAGUUGACGUCGCCACGUCUCGUUUCAUAUGUAAAACGGUUCUCCACACGCGAGUUAAGUUUUUAUUUUAUAAACAUUUCAAAGAAAUAAUUUACAUACCUAAACGCGGAAAACGUUCCGUAAUCGGGUUAAAGGGCUUUCUUCACGUGUGCUUGCACACUAUGGUAAUUAGGUAAUGUAUUUUCUGAAAACACCAAACAAACAAUAAAGAGGUACCUAUGUGUUACUUCCUUUCGAAAGUAAAAAAAAAAUCCUCAUUGUGUAAGAUGAACUAGGUAGGUAGUAUACGAGCAGAUCAACCUAUAUGACCUGCCUCGUACUUUCCAAUGUCUUUCUUUAAUAAAAUUUUUACUUUAUAUUUUUCGUAAUAAGGUCGAAAAUGAACGAGCUAGUUAAACGUGCUGGCAUCUACUAACAUACGGCGAAAUGAUAUUGGUUCAAUAAAUUGUAAGCACGCGUGUAAGCCCUCUCCGCACUCACACCCUAGCACAUAGCGCCCCAGGGGCUAGACGCAGAGUCUGUGUUUAAUAAUUUCAUUCCACACAGUUGAAUCGUUGGGGCAAUUUUGAAGGGCGAUGGACCCUAAAACCAGACGUCAGCUCGUCUCUACACACCUAUAAAUAGGUACCUAUCUAGGUACUGACUAUAAUUAAUGCGAUUGUGAUUGUAGGUAAAGUUAUACACAUUUUUAGCUGCAUAUAAGCAGACGAGUAGAAUCCACCUGUUUUAUCCUUUGGGGAACAAUAAGGGCGAUGUUAUAUUAUUAUGCGAUCUUCCUUUAUAUAUCACGAUGGUAGCAGCAUCCAUUGAUGCGAUGCUCCUCUAAUUUUAGUUCUACGUUCGCCGAUAAACGAUCAAUAAAUCUUCAUGCAUUUAACGGCUCGUAUCGUAUAGUGUUUGUAGAGAUAACAUAAGAAAUAUGCUCGGUUGUUGGUCAUACACACUCGUAAAGUCAUGCCAGCCAAUAAGUAUGUUGUGAAACAAACGGGGUCAAUGAGACUUGGAUUGAGAGCCAAAUUACUUCAAUACCAAUUUUAUGUUCUGAUUUUACAGACUAUUCAAAUAUAUUGUACUUAUUACUUAUCGACUCUAUACAAACAGUGUCAAUGUUGAUUACACAUAUUUUUUCCUAAUCUGAAAGAACUUUCUUUACCUCGUAACACAGAAGUAGGUAACGCCCACUUUUCAUUAUUUAUUUUAUGAGUCCCACGCAAUAGCAAAGCAAUAGGCUGACCCCCUAGGU